AGUUUACAUAGGAAUCAUUGACAUGGCUUAUUUUUAUAAGUUGGAUAUUUAAAAAUACUUAGAUGGCUGUGGACUGUGAUAAACGAUUGCUACAUUUAUGAAUUUCGGUAGGGCCUUAUGAAGCCAAUAUUUUUAUCAUGUUUUUGUUUACGAGUAUUUGAUGUUGUCUUCCGCAUUAUUAAAGACUAUGCAAACGUUGAUGUCAUACUGUAACAAAAUAUAGUUACCUAUAAUACGUAUAAAGUGUUUUUUUAUUCUUGUCAGACAAGUAAUUCGGUUAUCUAGAGGUAUAAGACAGAUUUGACCCGUGCUAGUGACUCAUCUACAAUACGGCUACAAGCGCGUCUGUCCUGUUUUGUAGUUGUUUAACAAUUUUAAAAACCAAAUUAGGAUGCUUUUAAGAAGUAAUUUAGUGAUAGUUUUUGCUGUAAUUACAAUCAGUUUACUUUGUGGACAUGCGCAAGGGAAGCGAGGACGUUACAGGUACAAUCAUCCGCCGUCAAUAGAAUCGACUGAGAAUGUACCAGUAGCUGUAAUUUAUGAUAGUGAAGACAUUCGUGAAAAUAAAGCCAUUAAACUGUCCGCUAAUUUCCAAACUGAGAAAGAUGAUCCCAUCGUUCCCAAUGAGAAUGCAAAACAAAAUACGGAUGCGACACCGGAAGUAGCUGAUGUACCGAAACAAAUAGACAAAGUUGAGCAGAAAAAAAUUCAACGCCAGUCAACAACAGACAGCGAAAGAAGUCUGCAGAUACCCGUUAGUGUUGUAUAUGACUCAGAAACUAGCAACAAAGAGAGUGUUCGAAGUACCAGUUCUCCAAUUGUAAGAAGAAGACCAACCGGAAGGCGUCUACCGAAAUCCGAAGUAUAUAGAAAACCAAAAGACAAUGUUGUAAUUGAUAAUAAUAAACAAAGUGAAGAGAAAAUCAUUGAAAAUAAUUCCGGUAUAUCGUCGCUUCCAACAACUUCUACAGAAAGUCCGUCAAAUACACCUGUUAAAGACAAAAGCCAAAUCAAAAUUGUAAAACGAAAACGAACACGUGACCCUGUUGUACCAAUUGUAACGGAAAGGAACUUCGUGUAUGCACAUAGCGGUAACUUUCAUUAUAGCUUCGAAGGCGGUGAUGGCACGAAAGUAUUCGAGGACGGCUUAUUAAAAUCAAUAAAUGACGAGACUGGUGAGGCUGUUUCUGGUGGAUUCUCAUACAAAGACAAAGACGGCAACGACAUCAGCUUAUCAUACACUGCGGACGAAAACGGCUACAGACCAAUCGGCGCCCACCUGCCUACGCCUCCCCCAAUCCCACCAGAAAUCGCACGCGCCUUGGCGUAUCUAGCUACAAAAUCAACCCCACAACCCGUAACAGAACCUACAAGAAAAUUCGACUAGUCUUAAAACAUUCUCACUAUUCUAAAUUAUUAAAAUAGUUGUUAGUAAUCUAAAAAUAAAAGAAUUUAUUUGUAA